GCAUAGUCAAGUCAAGAAAUCCGACCCGAGGUUGCUCGACCCGAUCAACAAACCCCUGCUGCGGGUGCGCCUGCGGGCACAAAAACCCUAGCCUUGUCCCCGAUAUAAAGUUAUAACCUCGAUUGGUAGUUUCAGGCUAGGGCAUAGUCGGAGGAAAGCGAGAGCUAACGUAGGAGAAAAAUGGUGUCUGGAUCGGGGAUCUGCGCGAAGAGGGUCGUGGUGGACGCCAGACACCACAUGCUCGGCCGGCUGGCUUCGAUCGUGGCGAAGGAGCUUCUCAACGGUCAGAAAGUGGUGGUAGUCAGGUGCGAGGAGAUAUCCAUGUCCGGAGGACUUGUGCGCCAGAAAAUGAAGUACAUGAGGUUCCUGCGCAAGCGCAUGAACACCAAGCCUUCACAUGGUCCCAUCCACUUCCGCGCUCCUUCUAAGAUCUUCUGGCGAACUGUCCGCGGAAUGAUUCCUCACAAGACAAAGCGUGGAGAAGCUGCCCUUGCAAGGCUGAAGGCUUAUGAGGGCGUCCCACCUCCAUAUGACAAGAUCAAGAGGAUGGUUGUCCCUGAUGCUCUCAAGGUGUUGAGGCUUCAGAGUGGACACAAGCACUGCUUGUUGGGCCAGCUGUCAUCACAAGUUGGAUGGAACCAUUAUGACACCAUCAGGGAGCUCGAGGAGAAGAGAAAGGAGAAGGCCAAGUUGAUGUACGAGAGGAAGAAGGGAUUGAACAAACUUAGGGCAAAGGCUGAGAAGGUAGCAGAGGAGAAGCUUGGACCCCAAUUAGAGAUCCUAGCCCCCGUCAUGUACUGAAGCUAGUAGUAGCUUACAGAUGUAUUGUUGGAGGGAUUAUUAGCCUUGAUGAGCGUGUUUGUGAACACAAUUUUGUUUGAGCUAGUGGAAGUUGAAUGUGUCGAAGAGAUCAGCCUUAUCAAUGUCUGUGUUUGGUAUGCUUCUCCCUGAAUUUAGAUGUAUCAGAAUGCUGUAUUUCAUGAACGUGUUCAGUCGGCUGUGUUUAUCUUUGGUCAUAGGUGAAC